UACAGUGUACCCAACAUGGCAGCGCCCAUCAGUACGCGCGUUUCGUGUUUGGAUAGUUGUUGCUUCCGUUAGAGAUAGGCGUUAGAAUUUUAUUGAUCAGAAGCAAUCUGCUGUAUCUCUUGUUGUGUGCGACAUCCUGGAUGAAUGUCGUUGGUGAAAUAGUGCUGCCGUGACGAUGGAUGAUUCAGAAAGAAACCCGUCGCCUCCGCCGGAGAUCGUAGAAGCCGAUGAAACCUCGAGUGGAGACAGGAUCGGAGAAACAGUGUUUAGCCGACACUGGCUGUUUCAGUGCCUUUUGAAAGCCAUCAAAGCUGCUGAAAAUGAGAACGCCUGUGGGGAAGGUGAGAAAGUACUUUCAGAGGAAGAGGCUGUGGAGUUGGACAGAGAGGUUGAGGAGGAGCUCUGCACAGUUUGGGACAUGGCCGCCAACUCUGAUGUUGCACAUUUCCUGCACGAGUUCAAGGCCUCUGAGAUUUUUCAACAGAUCAUCUCCACUUCAAAGUCACCUCGUUUAGUGGAAAUUUUAAUUGGAAUUCUGGGAAACAUGGCUGUUUUCCCUGACCUCAGCUUGGCUCUUUCCAAGGAGGAAGGUCUCCUGCAAAUGGCUAUGCAGCUGCUUGGAGGAACUGACACACCCACGUUGGUUCAAGUGUUGAGACUUUGCCACACAUGCCUGUCGAAUAAAGCCUCCUUGCCAUUUUGGCUUCAGGCAAUCCGUUCAUCUGACAGCUGCCUCUCAGGCAUAACAUUCAUAUUGGAAAACUCCAUCAAUGAGGAGCUGCUCGGCGCUACUCUGCAAGUCUUGGACUGUGUCUUUGAUGAAGACUCGGAGAUGUGCGCAAUGUGUGCAAAUGAAAACUUUAUCGAGGCACUUUUCACGGCUGCCAGCCACCUGAGCUCACGAGAAAAGUAUGGCUCCUUGGAUGCAUUCUGGCACUUACUGCAUGUUAUGGACUGUGAGACUGAUGCCAAAGAACUCCUCUUGCCACGCUGUGAAAAGUUGGAGUCCCUGCUUGUGCACUGGCUUCAAGGACAGGAGUCAUUGCCAGUGCCACCCAGGCACUGUUGGCGAACCCUAGGUUCAGCAGUGACCCUCGUCAGCAACGUUCGGCUAGCCACUGGCAGCAAGGCUGAAGAUGACGAGCUUUAUGGAAGGUUGAGAGAAAUGCACUCGACCCUUCAAGCACGGCUGCACGAAGCACAGUCACACAGAGACUCCAAGCUCCAGCGACCCGAAAGCAUAGACGACACAUUGCACAUGCUGCAGGGCGCUCUUGAGCAAGCAAGACAGUGUACAGGAUGAAAAUAAAAAUUUUUUUUUUUAGUGCACAAA